UUAAUAACUUGUCAAGCCUUCAUUACGAGUCAACCAUAUUCUUCACAUCCGGCGCACGUGUGUUUGCUUUUGUACAUUUCCCAAAUUAUCAUUCCAUUUAAUUAUAUCAAUUAUAAUUCGAAGGUUCGAACUUAAAUCAUGGAAGAAGAUGAUAAAACCAGUUUGUGGAUUAAGAAAAUUAGCUAUGUUUCACCGAUUGCUCGACCACUAGCCUCAAGAAAAUUAACGAAAAGAAUAAACAAGGUUGUUAAAAAAGCUAGCAAAACAAAAUCAUUGCGGAAAGGUGUCAGAGAGGUACAAAAGUUUAUAAGACGAGGAGAAAAGGGGUUAGUGAUUUUAGCAGGUGACAUCAGUCCUAUUGAUAUCUACAGCCACAUUCCUAUCAUGUGUGAAGACAACCAGAUUUCUUAUUGUUAUGUUCCUUCCAAAGAUGAUCUUGGUGCCGCAUGUGGAACAAUACGGCCAGUCAGUUUGGUAAUGAUAAAUAAAAAUGAAGCAUUUGAAGAGCUGUACACAGAAUUGCAUGAGGAAAUGAAAACUUUGCCGGUUCCUAUUUGAUUUGUAUUUUUCUAAAAUAAAUUAUAUAUCAAAUUUUAAAAUUUUUAUUUAA